AUGUCCGGGGUGGUCGGGAAGGCCGAAGUGCCGGCCAAGCCACUAGGCGCCGAGACUCCCAGCCUGGCCGUGGGCCGAGCGCUGUCAUCCGUCGUGGCCCUGGGAGCCAACAUCAUCUGCAACAAGAUCCCUGGCUUGGCCCCGCGGCAGCGUGCCAUCUGCCAGAGCCGGCCCGAUGCCAUCAUCGUGAUUGGGGAGGGGGCGCAGAUGGGCAUCAACGAGUGCCAGUACCAGUUCCGCUUCGGACGCUGGAACUGCUCCGCCCUCGGCGAGAAGACUGUCUUCGGGCAAGAGCUCCGAGUAGGGAGCCGUGAGGCCGCCUUCACAUACGCCAUCACCGCAGCCGGCGUGGCUCACGCCGUCACCGCCGCCUGCAGCCAGGGCAACCUGAGCAACUGCGGGUGCGACCGCGAGAAGCAGGGCUACUACAACCAGGCCGAGGGCUGGAAGUGGGGCGGCUGCUCCGCCGACGUGCGCUACGGCAUCGACUUCUCCCGGCGCUUCGUGGACGCCCGCGAGAUCAAGAAAAACGCGAGGCGCCUCAUGAACCUGCACAACAAUGAGGCGGGCAGGAAGGUCCUGGAGGAGCGCAUGAAGCUGGAGUGCAAGUGCCACGGCGUGUCAGGCUCGUGCACCACCAAGACGUGCUGGACCACGCUGCCCAAGUUCCGCGAGGUGGGCCACCUGCUCAAGGAGAAGUACAACGUGGCGGUGCAGGUGGAGGUGGUGCGGGCCAGCCGCCUGCGGCAGCCCACCUUCCUGCGCAUCAAGCAGCUGCGCAGCUACCAGAAGCCCAUGGAGACGGACCUGGUGUACAUCGAGAAGUCGCCCAACUACUGCGAGGAGGACGCGGCCACGGGCAGCGUGGGCACCCAGGGCCGCCUGUGCAACCGCACCUCGCCCGGCGCCGACGGCUGCGACACCAUGUGCUGCGGCCGCGGCUACAACACCCACCAGUACACCAAGGUCUGGCAGUGCAACUGCAAGUUCCACUGGUGCUGCUUCGUCAAGUGCAACACGUGCAGCGAGCGCACCGAGGUCUUCACCUGCAAACGGGGACCCUGCGGCCCAGAAUGGCUCAAGCACUGGCCAGAGACCCCAAGGCCGUGAGUGGAGGCCCCCGCCUUGGCUCACCAGGCCUCCUGACCCUGAAGCACGUGUUCUGGGGGCGCCCAGGGUGAGGGGCAUGCCCCCACGCCUUGAACAAUCUGGCCGCGCUCUCCCCCUGCUGCCAGCCUCACUGGGGCCCACGCCCGCCUCGAGGUGCCUUUGAGAGUUUCUCCCGUGGUCUCCUCGCCCAGUCCUGGGCCUUUCGCCCUGGCCCCGAUGCUGAGAAAACUCGGAGAGGGCGUUGCUCCGCUGGAUUCCCACCUGCCGUGCCAGCAGAUGCCUGCCCUCCAGACGCUCCCUCGCGGUCCCCAUACCACGCAGACCCUCCCUUGAGGUCCGAAUCACCCCGAAACCUGGCAGACGGGAAUGGAAAGGGGUCCUGCUUGGUUUUAAACUGUGUGCGGGGUAGGGAGAGAUUGGGGGCCGGGGACUUGGCCCUGGACGUGUCCUCUGACAAUAUUCCCACCCACCCUGGGGAGACUGAGGCACAACUUGUCCGGGCCCAGAAAGGCUGGUGUGCACCUGCUUCUGGCGCACCACUGCCCAUGCACUUGUCCCCGCUCUGAAUUUAGGGUGUUUUCGCGCAGAAACCCGUGGAAAUGUGUCUUCAGGCUACUGACCAGCCAAGUGGGCCGGACAUUAGCCUGGGGUGAGUGACCCUGGGCCCUGGCCCUGGCGUCCACCCCGCCUGCCCCGAUGGUGCCAGGAUGCUUCACCAACAGCGGCUGUCCUGGGAGCUUCCAGGCCACUGUGAAUGCCCCCCAGUCCCCAUCCCCGCCCCGAUCCCGGCUCCCAGGACACCCCCGAGUCCACAGGCCUAGCACCUUCUGCCAAGGAACCUGGUUAACUUAUAUUGUUAUAUAGCGUCGAAAUGUCUAUAGUGUCUUUUAAAUUAUUGUGACCUACACUGGGUACUGGGGGGCAGGGGGGAUGGCCGCGCUGUCCCCGAGCCAGGCUCCUCCUUCUGCUUGAAACAGACCCUUGGACCCUCGGGGCCCCUGAUGCCACCAAGUCCUGCGCACUGUCCCUCGGCUACGAGGUGCCGCCGCCGAGACCCCGCCGUCCCCUAACAGUCUUGUCAGCGGCAGCCCUUCCCUUGGGUGGGGGUGGGGUGUCAGCGUGGCCCAGGCAGGGACGGCGGUGGCCGAGGUGCUGCGUGUGUCCGCAGCGCCCUCGCUUCAGGAGAGCUGCUGGGGUUCUGACGGGCUGUGUCUGGCCAGCUCCCCGAGAGGGGAGCGCUCGGCUCCAAUAA